AUGGUGGUGGGUGACGGCGACGGUGGUGGUCGGUGGUGGAGGUGGGUGGCUGUUGACGGCGGAGGCGGGGGUGGGUGGCAGCUGUGGCGCGUUGGUGGCGGGGGUGGCGGGGGUGGUGGGUGGUGGGUGGUGGCGAGUGACGGCGGGGGCGGAGGUGUGGAUGGAUGGAGGUGGGUGGUGGCGGGAGACAGCUGGGGUGGAGGUGGGUGGAGGUGGGUGGCGGUGGUGGUGGCGGCGGAAGUGGGUGACGGCGGCGACGGUGGUCACGGCGGCAACUAUGGCAGUAGUGGUGUCGCCCGUGAGUGA